CCUGCAGUACCUGGAUGGGCUUGUAUCAAACAACGAACAGACUCAACCUUGCCACAAACCUCGUGCAGAGCCCCACACCUCCAGUUUAUUUCCAUCGAUGCUCCUUGUUGAUCAAUCUUUCUGGAUCCAUCGAACGCUACAUCAGCCCCUGAGUGUGCAAAAUCAAGGGCCAGUAAAAAUGGCCGAUAAACUGAAUCGUAAGGCGCUGGCAGUUGAUAGCUGGCUUUGGAGAGAGAGUUCGAGACCAGGCUAUGAUGCCAGUAAGGACUCGCCAAGCAGGAGUGCCUUUUUAAAAGAAGUCGAUUGACGCUCGGGUCCUAGUUGUGCCCACCCGUCAAACCCCAAACCCGCGCGACAACGGUUGCGUCGUUGCUUCCUUCCGCCAAAGCUUAGGCGUGUAUCCCUGGAAAAAAAGGCGACGUCCAUUCUUUUUUUUUUUUUUUUCUUUCCCCUCUCGACUUCAGACGUCGACCUACAUCGCAAAUCGACUCACCCUGAGAUCUGGGUAACAUCAGGGAGCAGUCCCCUUUCGCUUGACUUUUCUGUUUCUUGGUUGCUUUACAUUAUCCAAAUUGUUGCUUGUAGUGCAACAACCGGACCACGCCAAGCUUGGGCUGCGUGGAUAGCUAGCUCCAGUGCGCUCUUUGCCUGCACCGCACACACCGCGCUACCAUGAGCACCGAAGACAAAGUGCGUGUCUCCGGGGAGGGGGCGCCGCGGGAACCAGUCUUGCCCGUCGCCAACCAAGACGCCGAAAAGCUUCAACCUCAAGCGCCUAAAGCAUCCGUGCCCGCGGCGGCAUAUGUCAUUGCAUGGAUCAGUAUAAGUUCUUCGGUUAUUUUGUUCAACAAAUGGAUCCUCGACACCAAGAAAUUCCACUACCCGGUCCUGUUGACGACGUACCACCUGACCUUCGCCACGGUUGCGACGCAACUGCUGGCGCGCUAUACCACCCUUCUCGAUGGCCGUAAAACUGUCAAGAUGAAUGGGCAGGUCUACAUGCGCGCCAUCGUGCCAAUUGGAUUCAUGUUCAGUCUGAGUCUUAUCUGCGGCAACUUGACAUACCUCUAUCUCAGUGUUGCCUUUAUCCAGAUGCUUAAGGCUACUACCCCCGUUGCUGUCCUCCUCUCAAGUUGGGUGCUGGGUGUUGCACAGCCCAACCUACGUAUCUUCCUCAACGUCUCGGUCAUCGUCGUCGGUGUGGUCAUCGCAUCGUUUGGCGAGAUCAAGUUUGUCUUGGCCGGUUUCCUGUUCCAGAUUGGCGGAGUCAUCUUCGAAGCCCUACGCCUGACCAUGGUCCAGCGCCUGCUUAGCUCUGCCGAGUACAAGAUGGACCCGCUGGUGUCUCUGUACUACUUCGCCCCUGUGUGCGCUGCUAUGAACGCUACAGUUGCCCUCUUUUGGGAGAUGCCCAAGGUCAGCUUGGCUGAGGUCUACCACGUCGGACUGUUCAAUUUCUUCCUGAACGGAUUGUGCGCAUUUAUGCUGAACGUCUCGGUUGUUCUGUUGAUUGGCAAAACAUCUUCCUUGGUGCUCACCAUCUGUGGUGUCCUCAAGGACGUGCUGCUUGUCGCUGCUUCGGUCAUUAUCUGGCCCGACAAGCCUGUCACUGGCCUGCAGCUCUUUGGCUACAGCAUCGCUCUUGCUGGAAUGGUGCACUACAAGCUUGGCUACGAUGCUCUGAAGGGUUAUGCUGCUGAGGGUGGCCGGCAGUGGGCUGAAUUUGGAGUUCGCCGCCCUGUCCUCCGCCGUGUCUUGAUCCUUGGAUCCGUAUUCACGCUAGGCAUCUUCGUUCUCAGCGGCCUGGCGCCUUACGCGACAGAAUACGACGCCACCAAGGUCCUGAGCAAGGCUGCCAAUAAGGUCGGUUUGCCUCAAUAGACGCUUGAACUGGGGCUCUAUUCAGUUACAAAGGGUUACUGUGCGGGUUUGUUUUCCUUUGUUGUUUAUAUUCCCCUUUUAGCAUGCGUACCUGUGUGGGAGCCUUCAGCGCUGGGCCCGUCGAAGACGAUAUUAGCCAGUAUGGUAUGCUUUCAUGGAUGAUGAUCCUGCAUGUUCGUCGUCUAUUGGAGUUGGGGACAUUGACUACCUGCCGUGUGCAAAACCUGCACUCUUGUCACCAGUAUAGAUUGGGCCGAUUGCUCACCUUUUUGCCCACCUUUUUGAAUAUGAAGACUGGAAAGUCUGUGUACACAUGUAUACUAGAAAUAGAGCAGGAAAUUACACAAUGUAAAGUCUUACACAUUGCCAGACUGCGCUAUAGGGA